UCAGCAGUCCUGUUCUUGAUAUAACUGCGGGACACGGUGCGAUAGAGACCGCUCUCUCGAGCAGAAGCGGGGUGAUGACGCAAGGGGAGUGAAAAACGGGGUCAUAACAUGAGGCAAAACCGAAAGUUACCUUAACCCGCCGCCAAGGAGAGGAGAGGUGAGCGAAUCACCUGGUAAAUGAGUUAAGCCACUGGUGCUUUCAUGCUGCAUUGACGACAAGCUCAUCAGGCUGCAAUGAAAAUCACCAGAAGUACAAAGCAGCAUCUCAAGUUUCAGCUGUGUGUCUGAGAAGGGAAACAACUCCAUGAUGGAACCUCACAACUCCAGCAGUGAAAGAGGAGCCUCUCAACCAAAUACAAAGAAAGCAGGAUGCCCAGUUCCCAGCUGUGUGUCUAUGAAGAGUGACCAUUCCCAUCAAGAGCCUCUUAAUUUCAGAAGUGGACCUGCGCCCUCUGACUCGAAUAGUGGGAUGGAUUGCAUGCUCCAGGAUCAAUCCAGAGCUUUACGAUACCUUACUGAUGUCCAUUGCAGGAAGAAUCCUUUAACAAUUCCAAACAUAGGGGUAUCCAGGAAGCAAGAGUACUUACUACCUGGAGAUGACCUCCCCUCGAUCUUAGAGAGGCACAAAACCUGCAUGAAGAAUAAAUAUGAGAGCUUAUUUGAAGGAAUCAAAUCUCAGGAGAAUAAAACUCUUCUGACCAGGAUUUACACUCAGCUCUACAUAACAGAGGGAGAGCGUAAUGGAGUGAAUAAAGAACAUGAGGUUUUUGAGAUUGAGAACAUUUCCAGAAGACUCUUGCAAGACACUCCAAUUAACUGCUUAGAAAUCUUCAAACCAGUAGAAGACUCAGAAGGAGAAAUAAGAUGUGUGCUGACUGAGGGCAUUGCAGGCAUUGGAAAAACAGUCUCUGUGCAGAAGUUCAUUCUGGACUGGGCUGAAGGAAAAGCCAAUCAGGAUAUAGAUUUAAUGUUUGUGCUUCCAUUCCGUGAGCUGAACUUGAUUAAGGAUUACGAAUACAGUCUUCAUAGACUUCUGUGUGACUUCCAUCCUGAGCUCAAAGAUCUGGACCCAAAGAUAAUUUAUGAUUGCAAAGCUGUUUUCAUGUUUGAUGGCCUGGAUGAAAACAGAAUUCCACUGAACUUCUUACAGUGUGAGAACCUGUCAGACAUAACCAAGGUGUCAUCAGUGGAUGUGAUAAUGACAAACCUCUUCAAAGGAGAGCUGCUUCCUUCUGCUCAUAUCUGGAUAACCUCUCGACCAGCAGCAGCCAGUCAGAUCCCCUUUGAGUACGUUGAGCGUGUGACAGAAAUCCUGGGGUUCAAUGACCCACAGAAGGAGGAGUACUUCAGAAAGAGAAUCAGUGACGAAGACCAAGCCAACUUCAUCAUCUCACACAUUAAGAGAAUAAGGAGUCUCCACAUCAUGUGUCACAUUCCAGUCUUCUGUUGGAUCUCAGCCACUGUGCUUCAGCAAAUGACAAAACAAAGUAAUACAGAAAUUCCUAAAACUCUGACUGAAAUGUACUCGCACUUUCUGCUUACUCAGACAGAAAUAACAAAACAGAAAUAUAGUGAAAGUGGAAAAAUAAAGAAAGAAUUGAUGAAAUUGAAGAGGGGAACAAAGAAACUACCACAAUGUGGCAGUGAAAUGAUUCUGAAAUUGGCUGAACUGGCUUUCAAGCAGAUUAUGAAAGGGAAUGUGAUGUUCUAUGAAGAGGAUCUGAAAGAAUGUGGCAUUGGUGUCACUGAGGCCUCAGUGUAUUCUGGCAUUUGCACUGAGAUCUUCAGGGAGGAAUCUGUGCUUUACCAAAGGAAGGUCUACUGUUUUGUUCAUCUGAGCUUUCAGGAAUUCCUGGCUGCUCUCUAUGUGUUUCACUGCUAUAUGAGCAAGAACAUGAAGCCAGUUUUUCAUUUUUUUAAUCCAUUGGACAAACCGUGGUCUAGCAAUGUUUCAUUGGAAGAGAUACUGAAAGCAGCAGUGGAGAGAGCCUUAAAGAGCCAGAAUGGACACCUGGAUCUAUUUCUCCGUUUUCUGCUCGGCCUCUCACUCGAGUCAAAUCAGCAACUUUUGCAUGACCUACUUACACAAACAGUGGGCUGCUCAGACAGCAUCAACAAAACAGUACAGCACAUAAAACGCCUAAUACAAACAGAGAAACUUUCUCCUGAAAGAUCUAUAAACCUGUUUCUCUGUCUCACUGAAAUGAAUGACCAGUCUUUAUUUAGAGAGAUUCAGGAGUACCUCAAAUCAGAGAAACAUUUCGAAACCGGUCUUUCUCCUGGACAGUGUUCAGCACUCGCCUAUAUGCUGCAGAUAUCUGAGGAGGUGCUGGACGAGUUGGACUUAAAGAAGCAUAACACGUCAGAAGAAGGCUAUAGAAGACUACUCCCGGCUGUGAGCAAAUGCAGGAAAGCUCUGCUCGCUGGCUGCUAUCUCACACCGAACUCCUGUGAAACUGUGUGCUCGGCUCUGAAAUCACCAGGGUCCUCUCUGAAAGAACUGGACCUCAGUAGCAAUGUCCUGCAGGAUGCAGGCAUGGAGCUGCUCUCUGCUGGAUUGAAGGGUUCAAACUGUAAACUGGAGAUACUCAGACUUGCUGGAUGCAACAUCACCACAGUCUCUUGUGAAAUACUCAGCUCUGCUCUGAAAUCACCAAGCUCUGCCAUAAAAGAGCUGGAUCUCAGUAACAACAACUUGCAGGAUUUUGGAGUGAAUCUGCUCACAGCUGGACUGAAGAGUUCACACUGUAAACUAGAAAUACUCAGACUGGCUAUCUGUAAUAUUGGGGGAAAAACUUGUGAAAAUCUGGGAUCAGCAUUGCAAUUGUCAAACUUCAAACUCAAAGAACUGGAUCUUAGUAACAAUGAUCUUCAGGAUUUAGGAGUAGAGCUACUUUCUGCUGGCUUGAAGAGUUCACACUGUAAACUGGAAAUACUCAGAUUGUCUGGUUGUUUGAUUACAGAAAAAGGCUGUUCUUCUUUGGCUUUAGCUCUGAGUUCAAACCCCUCACACCUCAAAGAAUUAGAUCUGACAUACAACCACCCAGGAGAUACAGGGGAAAAGCUGCUCUCUGCAAGACUAGAGGAUCCAUGCUACAGACUGGAGACGCUCAGAAUGGAGCAUGCAGGGUUGAACAGAAUCAAACCAGGACUAAGAAAGUAUGCCUGCGAACUCACACUGGACCCAAACACAGCAAACACAUUUGUGUCUCUGUCUGAGAAGAACAGUAAGGUGACCCGUAUGGAAGAGCAGCAGUCAUAUCCAGACCAUCCAGAGAGAUUUGAUGGUUGUCCACAGGUGUUGUGUCGAGAGAGCCUGACUGGACGCUGUUAUUGGGAGGCUGAAUGGAGCGGAGUAUCUGCUAUAGCAAUGGCAUAUAAAGGAAUCAGCAGGAAAAACGGCAGUGAUAAACCUGACUUUGGUUACAAUGAGAAGUCCUGGGCUCUGGUCUGUUCUAAUAACAGGUACAUUGCCAGGUACAAUAAGAAGCAAAUGGAUAUAACUAGCUCCUCCUCCAGAGUAGGAGUGUAUCUGGAUUGGUCUUCUGGCAAUCUGUCUUUCUACAGUGUCUCCUGUGACACACAUACACUCACCCACUUAUAUACAUUCCGUUGUACGUUCACUGAGCCCCUUUAUGCAGGGAUCGGGUUUUGGAAAUAUCCUGGCGCCUCGGUGUGUUUGUGUGUCACAUAGAAGAGUCUGAUCUCUUGAAAAUCUAUCAAGGAAUCAAUCAGAAAAUUUGGGAAAAAAUGCCAAAUUUCUUAUGCCAUUGGGAUACAUUUAGCCUUGAACAUCUAGACUUAGUGUGAGCUUAUCUCUGUAUGGUUGUUAUUCUGUAGUGGGCUUCUUCUUUUAUAACGCUAGUGAGGUAUCUUUAUUUAUAUAGCAUUUUUUAUUAUAGUAAAAACAUCUCAAAAUGAUUACUACAAGAUAAAGUAAAAACGCUAUAGUCUAAAUAAAAAUAAAGGCACAGUUAAAAACAAUAGAAGUAAAUGAGCCUUCAUCCUAGGAAUUAGCAGUAAGCCUGUCUCAGCUGAGAAAAGUGGUCUGUUUUAACCUUUCUUCUCACUGUAAGUUCAUAAGUACUCCAUUCUGAAUUAGUUAGAGCCUAUUUAGAGCUGCGUUGCUGAAGUUUGGCACACAUAAUUAAGAAUUAUCAGCACUAAGGUCAACAUUGUGAUUACAUUUUUUUUUUGUGCCUUGUUUCAUUCAAAACUCCCUGUCCAGCACUAGCCAGCAGUAUUUAUUUAAGCCUAUGCUGGAUACAAUGAAAAGUUCUGGGGUCUCAUUUAUCAAAACAAGUGUUAGAGCAUGUUAUAAAUGAACAAUGAUGCUUCCUACACUUCUCCAUUCCUUCAUUAUCAGUUUACAUACAGAAAUGCCUCCAAAUAGCUAUACAUGUAGCCUAUGUAGCUUGUGAAAAGCUGAAAUGAAAUAUUGCGUUUAAAACUUUAGUUCUUAUAAAUAAAACUUUCCCUUUAACAUGUAAGAAAUGCAUUUAAUGCCAUUGAAAUAAUUAUUACAAUGAAAACUCUUUUAUAUAAAAGAGUAAAAUGUAAAACUUAUGUUCAGUUUGCAUGCAAGAAUUGGAUUUUACAGAAUAUUUAUUUAUACAAGUAUUUAUAACAUUUUACUUGUUUACAUUGAACAUCUCAUUUUAAAAUAUGACUUAAAAGCUAAAGUAAAAGAGGUCAGCCACUGUGUACAUCAUCACAAUCAAUUUUGAUAUUCUUUCAUGAAUUUAAAUGACCUUUUUCGGUGAGUCUAAAUUAGAUGUGCUAACCUUUUUUCUCUUCAUCUACACACUGUAAGUAAUAGAGCAGAGCAGAAGUAUUUGUGAGAUUUCCAUUACUGAAAUGUAUUGCGGUUUUCAUCUGAAUAAUUUUGUUCGGUUUCAAUCACAGUAUUUAUUCUACUGUUCACUACGACAAUAGGUUUUUAUUUUAUGCUGGUUGAAGAAACAUGUUAACUGAUUUGGUAAUUAUUGUUCUCAUUAUCAAUCAAAUCAUAAUGACUUACCCAUGAUUACACUGUUCAGAACAUGCAUGGUCAGGAGUAGUUCUAAAUAUACACACAUUUUCACACAUAAGAAAUAAAUGGUAAAUCAUGUUCUAUUUGUAAAACAUAUGUCUAUAUGUAAGAUUUAUGCAUGCAACUGUGCAUAAAUGCAGUCAAUAAAUUAGAUCCCUGGAUUUUAGUGUGCUCUAAUAAUGGCUACAUUGCCAGAGAGAGUAAGAAAAUUGCCAUACCUUGCCCCUCUUCUAGAUUAGGAAUGCAUCUGGAUUGUGUACUGGGUAACUGCGUUUGUCAGAGGAGAUGCUGUAAAAGACCAAGGUGUUUUUGGAUUGAAGCUGGCUCCCUAGCAUAUGUGUGUGUGAAUUGGAAAAGCCAUAUGUCCUUAAAACUAAAUAUACUAUGAUGGGUUUCUAUCAUCAGUCAGUUAAUUCUGCAAAGUAUAGCAAAUUCUUUGUCCAAUUACAAUUAAUACAACUAACCUUGAGAAUCCAGACUGAAUGUCUUUUUAUCCACUGCAGCACUUUCCAUUUUACUUAUAGCAUUUCAGAAGGUUUCACAUUAGAUGAAAAUAAAAGCUAUUAUGUAAAUGAAAUAAAGCAAUCAUGUAAAUUAAAAUAAAAACAGAUUUUUUUAAUUUGGAUUUAAAAAUCCAAAAUGUUUUGUUUGGAUUGAAAAAGCAUCUAUCAAGGUUGCACUUUUAGUAUUCCCUUGAAUGUUUUUCCAAUGUUUAAGUUCUUCAUAAGACAAUUAUCUUCCAACUGAGCUGUGGGUGGGUUAGCAGUAAGCCUGCCUCAGCAAACAAAUUUAGCUCAACCUUUCAAUUCCUGGUAAAGCUGCAUUCUGAACAAGUUGGAGCCUAUUUAGAGAGACACCAGCGCAACCAGCUGGUAAUGGCAGAUAAAGAAUUGAGACCAGAUAAAGAAUUAUCAAGCUUUAAAUCAUUAAAAUACCUAUUAUAAUUUAAUCAAGAGACUCUCAAAUCCAGCAUUGCACUGUAUAAAGUGGAACAGGGCAGAUGAAGAUUUGAAAUGUUUUUGAUAUUUGAUAUUUUACUUUACAUCGUUUCAUUCAAAGUAUUUAUUUGUUUUGAAUAAAACCAGUGAAAUUGCUUGUUACCACUAUUUAUUUAGGCUGAACUGACAAACUGUUGGGUUGAUACUGAGUGAUUGCCUUCUUUGAGCCUGCACAAAAGCUCUGCACUUGAGCAACCAUCAUAAGGGUGAUCAAAAGUCGUUCAAAAAUUGUCCAUAUGUCAGGUCUUGAAUACGAGACCACCUUGCUGUAGCCCACUCUAAAGCUUUAUCUGAUGUAAUAAAUAUGUGAUAUGAAAAAUGC